GUGGCUAUUACUCGUUGAUUAUUCUCAACAAAUCACAAAGACAUCGGCACCCUUUAUUUAGUCUUCGGUGCUUGAGCAGGAAUAGUAGGAACAGCUUUAAGCCUCCUUAUUCGAGCAGAGCUGAGUCAACCUGGAACCCUAUUAGGGGACGAUCAGAUUUAUAAUGUAAUUGUAACUGCACACGCCUUUAUUAUGAUUUUCUUCAUGGUAAUGCCUAUUAUGAUCGGCGGGUUUGGCAACUGACUCAUUCCAUUAAUAAUCGGGGCCCCCGACAUGGCAUUUCCUCGAAUAAAUAAUAUAAGCUUCUGACUCCUACCUCCAUCAUUCCUGUUACUCCUAGCCUCUUCAGGAGUAGAAGCUGGAGCCGGAACGGGCUGAACAGUCUAUCCUCCAUUAGCGGGGAAUUUGGCACAUGCCGGAGCCUCAGUAGAUUUAACAAUUUUCUCCCUCCAUUUAGCAGGGGUUUCUUCAAUUUUGGGAGCUAUUAAUUUUAUUACUACAACUAUUAACAUAAAACCCCCUGCUAUAUCUCAAUACCAAACGCCCCUGUUUGUUUGAUCCGUACUCAUUACAGCUGUCCUUCUUCUUCUUUCCCUCCCUGUUCUAGCAGCCGGAAUUACAAUACUACUCACAGACCGAAAUUUAAACACAACCUUCUUUGACCCUGCUGGUGGAGGUGACCCAGUAUUAUACCAACACCUAUUCUGAUUCUUUGGCCACCCAGAAGUCUACAUUCUAAUCCUUCCAGGAUUUGGUAUGAUCUCGCACAUUGUGACCUACUACUCAGGGAAAAAAGAGCCCUUCGGAUACAUAGGAAUAGUCUGAGCAAUGAUAUCCAUUGGACUCUUAGGUUUUAUUGUAUGAGCCCACCACAUAUUUACAGUAGACUUAAAUGUUGAUACCCGAGCCUACUUCACCUCAGCAACAAUAAUUAUCGCAAUCCCAACAGGGGUUAAAGUAUUUAGCUGACUAGCUACAAUGCAUGGAGGAACAAUCAAAUGAGACGCCCCAAUGCUUUGAGCCCUUGGCUUUAUUUUCCUAUUUACUGUAGGCGGACUAACAGGGAUCGUCCUUGCCAACUCUUCUUUAGACAUCGUCCUUCACGAUACCUAUUAUGUCGUAGCACACUUCCAUUAUGUUCUCUCAAUAGGAGCAGUAUUCGCAAUUAUAGGAGGCUUUGUUCAUUGAUUCCCGUUAUUCACAGGGUACACCCUUCACGAAACAUGAGCAAAAAUCCACUUCGGCGUUAUAUUUGCAGGGGUUAACCUAACCUUCUUUCCCCAACACUUCCUAGGAUUAGCGGGUAUACCUCGACGUUAUUCUGAUUACCCAGAUGCCUACACACUUUGAAACACCGUCUCAUCUGUCGGCUCCUUAAUUUCCCUAGUGGCGGUAAUUAUGAUGAUAUUCAUUAUCUGAGAAGCAUUCGCAGCAAAACGGGAAGUCACUCUAACAGAACUAACUUCAACAAAUAUUGAAUGACUUCACGGAUGCCCUCCCCCUUACCACACAUUCGAAGAACCAGCCUUUGUACAAAUUCAUCCAUCACAUAAUUAA